AUGAUCCCUUCUUCAUUCUUCAAUGUUUCUUCUAUACUACAUAUUGGAAUUGUAAACAACAACAUCCAAGGGACGUUGCCUUUAAACUUAGGUAAUGCCUUGCCAAAUCUCAUUCAUUUUGGUAUUGACAACAACAAUUUUAGUGCACCUAUUCCUGCUUCAUUAUCUAAUGCCUCAAACCUAUAUCAUCUGGGACUGGUAGGAAAUCAACUGCAUGGACAAGUCCCUUCUCUGAAAAAAUUGCAUCGGCUUCAGCGGUUAGUUCUUAAUCAGAAUCAUCUUGGAAGUGGAGAAUUUGGCCGUGACUUGGGUUUUCUUGGCGAUUUGGCUAACGCCACUCGUUUGAAAGUUUUGGGCGUCAAUAUAAACAAUUUUGGGGGUGUCUUACCUCAAUGCAUAGCGAACUUGUCUUCUUCUCUUGACCGGUUCUAUGAAGUAGGAAAACUUAUAAAUCUUGAGUAUUUAAAUGUUUCUCAAAACAUGUUAUCCGGUGAAAUUCCUGCAAGCCUUGGUAGUUGCAUCAAAAUAGAAUCUCUAGACCUCCAAGGAAACUUUUUCCAAGGCACAAUUCCAUCAUCUUUGGGUUCACUGAGAGGUAUUAGAGCAUUAAACCUAUCUGGCAACAACUUGUCAGGCAUGAUUCCGGAAUUCUUGGAGCGUUUCAAAGUUUUGCAACUUUUGAAUCUAUCUGAUAACAAUUUUGAGGGCAUGGUGCCUAUCAAAGGAGUUUUCAAGAAUGCAACUGCCACAUCAGUUAGAGGAAAUAGUAAACUUUGCGGGGCAUACCGGAGUUUCAAUUGCCAAAAUGCAAACUGCAACACUCUAACAAGAGAGGAUUGA